AUGACAGCUCAUAAAGCUCAAGGGCAGAUGCUUGAGAACAUCGUGGUCAAUCUCGAGAACUGUCAGGGUACUGAGGCACCCUAUGUAAUGAUCUCGAGGGUCAAAACAUUAGACGGUUUGAUUAUAUUGAGAGACUAUAAGUUUUCUCGGUUGAGUACUCAACAGUCUGAAGACUAUAGAAAAGAAGACAGAUGGUUGAACAUCUUGCAUCUACUGACCGUA